ACCCGGAUCGUUUCGAGUUUUUUUCUGUUGUCGCUCUCUUCGUCGGAUCGUCGUCGAUGGAAGUUUCGUUGUUGUUUUGAAGUUUUCGUCGACUUUGGGGACGCGCGAUCGGUUGAUUAAAAAAUUGAAAAGUUUGUUUUAGGGUCAACUCAGGUUGCUAAUCAUCAUCCGGUGUUAUCAAUCGGCGGCGAUUGCAUAAAUGGAGGGGCUAAUCGAAUAAUAAGUUUUUGUUGUGAUUCCGGGACCGGAAUCGCGUCCUCUUCGACCGGUUGGUUCUUUGUUUUGGUUUUCGUUUUCCGUUUCGUCGAGCGCGAGAAGGGUCGGUCGAUGCCGGUCAAAAGUGGUCCCUGUUCCAUAUUUCUAGGGGAAGAAGGAAAUACGUGCGCUUGCGCUUUGAAAUUCGGUGUCACCACGAUUGAAGGCCGGCGACAAAGGCCGAUAUUAUUUGUUGUGUCCUUUUAUUGGCCACAACGACUGUGUUUUGGUCACGGAGAAAAGUGUUACAACAAGUGCUAAAUUGAAGGCUUGAAAGCUGAUACUCGACGCCAAAAUCAAUUUAAAUUCUCGUCAGCUCAAAAUUUGCCAUUGGCGCCAAAAUAGUCACGGUUGGGGUUCGUUGAUGGAGCAAAAUUCAGUGCGAAAGUGUCAGUUAGAAAUUUUGAAAACGUAAACAGAAGUGUCCGUCGUCGAUUCGUGAAGUGGAUUCCCCCGAGAGACGGCGAUUCCUCAGCAGAUGAUUCACCGCGUGGUAACGGAUUAUGCGCACUGUCCCCCGCCCCCGGGUCCGGAUCUAAAGAGCUGAAGCGUUUUGUGAAUGAAAGUAGCGUAUAGUAAACUCUUCAGCGAGAUUCACCUUUUUUCUUAGAAGUCUGGCGUUCUCUGAGCAGACGACGCCAACAGUCUGGCCCCGCCAAGCAGCCGCGCCAUCGUCAUCCCCCAUGUAUGUCCCCCCGCCAAGGAAGAUCGUAAAUUUCCAACCAGGAAGUUGACCAUCUCAACUGUGUCUCUUAACCCCAAUAGCAACGGCAAAAAACCCUCGUACAUUCAGAGUGUGAAUUCAGGCGCCAGGGUCCUGGAUGCGUGGAGCCUUUCAAUAGAGUUCGACCGAAAUAGCUCCGGGGGCCAGGUAAGCUCGAGAGUGCAGGAAACUCCGCUCGCACGUCCCGCAUCCGUCCAAAUCUAAAGGACAAGAAGAAAAAGUAAAAUUAAAAUCAGCAGAAGAGUAAUAAAAUUGAAAUAUAUGCUCGCGGAACCCGUCUUUUCCCGGAGCUCCCUCCCAACGUGUGGCCGAGUAGUGUCCAGAAAAUGUGCGAAUCGUGUCUUGAAAUCGUAUGAGAUGCGACAACAUUAAUUAAAAUUGUCGAGAGAAAAGUGGCGCGCCGUCACGCGGAAGGUGUGUUGCUCAUAUGUUGAAAGCAAGAAAAAAGCAACAGAGAAAUAAGUGAAUGAAAAAAGGGUUCAACAGUGGUUUUGUAGUGCAAAAAAAAUCCAAUCAAAAAGAGUGAAUCGAAGAGUGUUUAGCUCAAAAGUGGGUUUGGGUGGCUCCUGAAAUGAAAGCUUUCGCAGAAAGAGGUGGGCGUCUGUUGCCGCCGGUGAGGAAAGGGCAGUUCCUGACCUCGGCGUCUGUUGCCGUCAUCUGUUGCUGUCUCAGUGGCGGCAUUUGGAUUGAAAUAGUAGAAGGAAUGCCGAGCUCAUCCUCCGGGACCAGAUCCAGCAGCAGCAGGUCGUGGGAUUUCGAUGAUAAUGUGCAAAACUAUCUGAUGGGGUUCGGCUACCUUCCGAAGUCCAACAUUGAAACCGGUAACCUGAGAACGAUGGAACAGCUCCGGGAGGCAGUCAAACAGCUUCAGUCUUUCGCCAAUCUGGAGCCGACGGGAGACAUCAACCGGGAAACGAUGGAGCUGAUGCGGAAGCCCCGAUGUGGCGCUCCGGAUUUGCCCGGUUCUUCGGACUUCCAGGCCUCUAACACGCUGAGUGGCAGCUCGUUCCAGUUCCGGCAUCGGAGGAAUCGACGGUUCGUCAUCCAGGGCCAGAAAUGGGAGAAUCCGGUUGUAACUUGGAGGUGAGUCGAAGUUUAUUUUUUAAUUAAUUCUGAUUAAUGUUUUUGAAUACGCAACCAAAUUCUUCUCGAUGCACUGAAAUCUA